CACUGCACAGAGAGACGCUGCGCUGCCUAUGACUUUGAACGUGAGUUGAGAGCGGUUGAGAGUCAGUCUCAUGCGGACUGACCAAUGAAGAGAGGGCCUCAAGUUAAAACCCUCUCCUCAUUGGUCAGUCCGCUUGAGGUGGGUCAAAUGUUACGCCGAGCGUGUUACGUCAGGCGUUGCUACAACAGAAAAAAAUCUGACAUGGAGAAGCUAAGUGGGAGCGCGAAGCGGAAAUUAAAAAAGGAAAAGGACAUAAGAAACGCAGAAAAUUUAAAGUAUAUACCUAAAAUAGGUAAUUUCUUCACUCCUGUUAAUGUUGCCGACAGUUCUGUUAAGUCAGCUUCCGUCAACGACGAGGACAACUCAGCUAGCCAGGACUUUUCUACACCGCCAGCUUACGUUUACAGCCCGGAGAGCGAAGAGCCAGCAGCAACUUCAAGCAACAACCCAGAGGCAGCGAGUCUGAUCGUAGAGGGAAGCGGUGAUGGCGGGUCUCCAGUGUCUCCGCCGGCGCCGCCGCCACCUGAGCCGCUUGUCGAGUCUGGGAGCAGCCCCUGCAUCUCAACGCCUCUACUCCCUGGGGAUCCUGCACUGUGGGGGGCCGUUACGGAGCGGCUCCGGGAAGAAGCCAUUUACCGAGGGCCUGCAGCUUUCCAGAACCGGGCCGCCAAGUAUCCUGCAUCGGUAAGGGAGUCCGGACUUGGAAGUAACAGGACACGCUCCCUCACCAACGAUUUGCUUCACUGCCGGCUCCCAAACAAUCAAAUUGUGCCAAGGGAAUGGCUUCUUUACUCGCCAUCAACUGGAUCAGUUUAUUGUUAUGCCUGCAAACUUCUGUCAUCCCAAAAGCACGCAUUUAUCAUUGAAUUCUGUGAUUGGAAACAUCCAGAGAGGGUUAGUGAUCACGAAAAGAGUGCAGAACAUAGACAAAACAUUUGGUUUGAGCCCAUCCACAGCCACACAGGUUUCAGCCUAGCUGAAUCUGUGAUUGAAAUGGUGUGUCGCUUGGGGUUAGACUUGUUAGACUGUCGUGGCCAAAGUUACGAUAAUGCUAGCAACAUGGCUGGCAAAUACAGCGGGCUCCAGGCGCACUUGAAAAAACAAAACCCGCUCAUUCAUUAUACACCGUGUGCUGCCCAUUCUCUGAACCUCGUAGGGGUUAACUGCGUUGAUAAUUGCUGUGAGGAGGUUAACUCUUUUUUUUGAACUGCUGCAGUCUAUGUAUAGAUUUUGUAGUGCAUCAACACAUCGCUGUAAUACAGUUUUCAAUAACAGCGAACAUAACAUUAAAUACACUUUUAAAUCCCUCAGCACCACCCGAUGGAAUUGCAGAGCAGACUCCACAAAAGCUCUCAAAGAAAAUUACGGGGCAAUUAGAGAUAUAUUAGCCAAAAUAUCUUUAGACUGUGAUGAGAAAACACAAACUAAACUCGAAGCUGCUGCAUUGGUCGCAAAACUUGAUAAACUGGAGACGGUAAUAAUGACUAUGCUGUGGGACCGGGUACUGCAUAGAUUUAAGGCAACAAGUGACCAGCUCCAAAAAAGUGAUAUGGAUUUAGCUACUGCUCUUGGCCUUUUGCGCUCACUGCUUUCAUAUGUUGGCACUCUACGAGAACAGUUUUUCAGAGC